GAGGCGCUCCGGGCCAAGCUGGACACAGAUACGAGCACGUGGGGACCUGAAGGAGCAGAAAUGAAACGGAACCACGACUUCAGCUCCUCGGACAGUGAGCUGGACGAAACUAUUGAGGUGGAGAAGGAAAGCGCGGAUGAAAAUGGGAGUUUGAGCUCCCCUCUGCGCUCCAUGUCCCCAACAACAUCUACUCAGGUGCAGGCGAGGAAAAGACGCAGAGGAAUUAUUGAGAAACGGCGCCGGGACAGGAUCAACAACAGCCUGAGUGAGCUCCGCAGACUGGUUCCCAGCGCAUAUGAGAAACAGGGAUCAGCCAAGCUGGAGAAAGCAGAGAUUUUGCAGAUGACUGUCGAUCAUCUGAAGAUGCUCCACGCUGCAGGAGGAAAAGGUUACUUCGAUGCCCACGCCCUGGCGAUGGACUACCGUGGUUUGGGUUUCCGGGAGUGCCUGGCAGAAACCGCCCGCUACCUGAGCAUCAUCGAGGGCCUGGACAGCACCGACCCCCUCAGGAUCCGGCUGGUGUCCCACCUGAACAACUAUGCCAGUCAGAGGGAGGCCCACUCAGGUCUGAGUCACCUGGCCUGGGGCUCUGCUUUCGGGUCCCCUCCCGCCCCGCUCACACAUCCCCUCCUCCUGCAGCACCAACCGGCUCCUGCUCCUUUGGCCCCCCUGCCCCGCAGCGCCACCAGCAGCCCUCCGAACCCUGUGUCGUCCUCUUCGUCUCCAUCCUCCUCGUCCUCCACCUCGUCCUCAUCCUCCUCGCUGGUCGCAGAGACUCACGCCCCGGGGGGCAGGCGCAGCGGCACCCCUCACUCGGAUCAGGGCCCCAUCCGGGUCCCCUCCACCACACCUUCCACCGUCCUCCACCCGGCUCUGGUUCCCUCAUCAGCGUCCAAACUGUCUCCCCCUCUGCUGUCCUCCCUCUCGGCGUUCCCCUUCGCCUUCAGCGCCUUCCCCAUCAUCUCGCCCGCCUCUGCCAUCAGCCCCCCAGCUCAGACCGCCAGCGUGGGCAAACCCUACAGACCCUGGGGCAUGGAGAUCGGAGCGUUCUGACUAAAAUGAGAGAUGGACGCGGCUGAGCGGGACUCGUGGACUCUAUUCUUGUUUUUUGUUUGUUUGUUUUUUUAAGCGUUCUCUUUGUGUUACAGAGGAUAGGAAACAUUUUAGUUAUUUUAUACACAUGCACACCAAAAAAAAAAAAAAA